CUGCGGACACAGUACAGAUGACCAGAGACUGCGGACAUAUUACAGGGGAUGACCAGAGACUGAAGACAGUUAAGGGGAUGACCAGAGACUGAAGACAGUACAGGGGAUGACCAGAGAUUUCGGACACAGUACAGAUGACUAGAGAUUGCAGACAGUACAGGGGAUGACCAGAGACUGCAGACAGUACAGGGGAUGACCAAGAGACUGCAGACAACAGUACAGGGGAUGACCAAGAGACUGCAGACAGAACAGGGGAUGACCAAGAGACUGCAGACAGUACAGGGGAUGACCAAGAGACUGCAGACAGUACAGGGGAUGACCAAGAGACUGCAGACA